CUUGGCAUUGAACUUUAAGCUUUAUAAUUUUGCAGGUAUUAUUUAUACUUUAACAGCAAUAUUACACACUAACUAAAGUUUGAAAAAUGGGAUCACAAAUGUUUCAAAACCACUGCAGAAAAUCACAAUUUUAGUGAAUUAAAGUUGUUAAGAGAAUCUUAACAUGUGAAAAUUAUUAGAAAUACACCAAAAAAUAAUGACAAUGUUUUAUCAAACAAAUCUAAAGUGUGUAACCAAGUUGAAAUGUUUUUCUAGUCAGUUUUUAGGUGAUAUUCAUAUUUAAAUUAUAUUUCCGAGCAAAUAAACUACUUGGGGACUGUCUAAUUUCUAAAACUUAAGAGUUAACUAACUAAUCACACAGCUAAAUUUUGUGUUUUAAAAUGACAUUUUCGUGUCUCAGCCUCUUCGAAACACAAACAUUUGUGAGUAAAUUGACAUGAGAUCUUAAGAAAUCACCGUAAUGAAUUGGGUGUAAAUGGGAACAAUCAUUCUUGAAUAAUUUUCAACAGCUCUAUUAACACUGAUGUGACUGAAACAAAAGCAUUUCAUGAAGACUGACAGCUCUGUUAACAGCUCCAUUAACACUAUUGGAAGAUUUUUAAAUCUUUUAAGAAAAGUAUCAAAAAGCAGAUUGCAAUCUCGGCAAACAUAAACUUAGUAAAUUUUUGGUCUCCACUCUCUCUUUAAUACAGACCUAUCAUCUGAAGAUCAAUUUGAUGGAGAAAAACCUACAAAAUGUGUAUUUAUAUAAAAAAAACUAUCUUUAGGUCUGUAUCAGGAUCUGCAACAUCUCAGCUCUCAUUAGUUUAGAGUAAAUUCAGAUCCUGCAGUAAUGUAGCACAUGACCUGCACCCAACACUGCACAACAACACCUAACGCAGGGAUCUAACCUGGGCCGGAUUUGGCAGACCGGGCAAUUUCUCCAUAGGCCAAGGUACUUUUUGGGCUGAUACAUCUUAUAGUAUUUGUCUGACCAGCCCAUAACUGCCCAUUUCUUUCUUUGCUUAAUUCAUUGAGGCGCUGCAAGGCCCGGUGGCAUUUUUCAAAAAAGUUAGGGUAAGUUGUUUUUUUCCGGUCCGACCGGCAGAGACACCUAAUCAGAAGCCAAUUGGUUCUUUUUUAUUUAACAUUUGGCUAGCCCAAUCACAUCUUUCACAUAAAUACAAGCUGAUGAGUGUGUAAUAUAAUGACAAGGUUACCACUGAAGUGCACUUAGUCAGUUUUAUAUAAACUAAAAUAAAUACCAUUAAUGUAAGGCAUUUGCUCAUUUUGUUAUUCCUGGACUUUACUGAUAUAUUUAACUGCUAACUGUAUAAAAGUAACAAAUCUGUCAGACAAAUGGUCAGGUGUUCUCAUCAGAAUGGUCAAAUUGGGUUUAUAAAAGAGCAUGCAGAUCUCAGAUCAGUUUACCAACAGUACCAGCAGUUUGAUUGAUUUAAUCUCUGAAUUAUUGUCUCUGUUUGUGUCUGCAGGUGUGUUUGGUUAUAUAGAUGAGGUACCCGAAGAGUCAGUGACAGUGUAUGAGGGUGAAUCUGUUACUCUACACACUUAUACUGUAAUAAGUGACAGGGAAAGAAGAGAGAUAUGGUGGACUUUUAAAACAAAUGACUAUAUUAUUCCGACAACAUUAAAAAUGUUUUCAAAAUAUAGUAGUUUUGAAGAAAGAAUGCAGAUAUCAGAAAGGACUGGAGAUCUCACCAUCAAGAACACGAGGGUCAAACACACUGGACUCUAUGAAGCAAAUAUAUUUGGAAUGUAUAAGAAGAGAUUCAGUGUUUUUGUCAAAGAGUCUCCUCGUGUUAUUAAAUCUGCAAGUGAUGUGACAGUAUCAGUUACUGAGGGUGAAUCUGUUACUCUACAAACUGAUGUACAAAUACAGAAAGAUGAUCUGAUACUAUGGAGGUUUGGACCUGAUGGUGUUCUCAUAGCUAAAGGUGAUAUGGUGGACAAUAAGAUCUCAUAUAUAGAUGCUGAUGGGAGAUUCAGAGACAGACUGAUGCUGGACGAUCAGACUGGAAAUCUCACCAUCACAAACAUCACAAACAAAGACAUUGGAGAAUAUCAGCUAAAGAUCAGCAGCAACGGCAGGGAGAUCUUUUACAAGACAUACAGUGUUUCUCUCAGGAGUCAGUGGGUUUUAAGUCCGUUAUUGGGUGUUGUAGGUGUUGGUGUUUCUCUUUUCCUGUUAAUUCCUGCUGCUGGUGUUGCUUUGAUGGUCCACUAUUGCUGCAAGAUCUCUAAAGUAAAGAGACAAGGGGAGAAGACAGUGAUGGAGGGAUAUUCAGUCACCCUAUACACUUAUCUUACUAAACUAAAGAGCGAUGAUGUGAUCAAGUGGAGAUUCAGAGAUCAAGAGAUCAUAGCAGAAAUCAAUAGAAAGAAAAACAAGAUUUCUACAUACGAUGGAGAUGAUGGAAGAUUUAGAAACAGACUGAGAAUAAACAACCGGACUGGAGAUCUCACCAUCACAAACAUCACAACCGAUCACUCAGGACUUUAUGAACUGAAGAUCAUCAGUAGUAAAGGAGCAUCAUGGUCUCAGUUCAGUGUUAAUGUCGCAGCAUGGGUGAGAGGACAUGAACCGUUGGCCGAUGUGAUGUCUCUGUUGAGUGGAGAUUCUGUAAAUUAUUAGUUGGCGACUGAUGAUCAUCUAAUAGAUCCUCAAUAGCAUAAUUGGUAUACAUUUAAAAAAUGGCUGGGUUAUUUUUGACCCAUGUUGUGCAAAUAUUGGACAAAACACAGCACUGUAUUUAAAUUAACCUAACUGCUGGAUUAUUAUAACCCAUGGUUGCAUAACAACGACCCAACAUUGGGACAUUUUUAACCCAGGAUUGGGUAAUUUUUACCCAGUGUGUGUUUUGUCCAAUAUUUACACGGCACGGCAUUUACCAAGCCAAUAAAGAAAAUAUUUGUUUGCAGACUUUUGACUAAAAUUUUUUUGUUGGCGCAUUUAGACUGGAUCUGCAUGAAGCACUGGCAUUAUACAAUGGGCAACAUUUUAUUUUUCCAAAAUGUCAUAACAUUGCACAGUUGCAGAUAUUUAAAUUCCUGAAAGAUGACAUUUCUUCGGUUAAAAUGUGUCAUUUUCUAUACGUAUUAACUUAAUAUUACAGGGGUUUUAAUUAUAGUAACUUUUCAUGUUGUGUUAGCUAACAUUUGUCUUGCGCUGCGUCCCAAACCACCUACUUCCAUACUAUAUAGUAGGCAAAAAGUACGAGAAGUAGUGUUUUUCGCCUACUAUAUAGUGUGGAAGUAUAUGCGGUUUGGGACGCGGUGUUGAUAGUAGUUUAGCCAUUAUAAUGUUUCAGUCUGUUUUAUUCUGUAAGUUUAUGUUAUUCUUGUUAAUAAUUUUCUUUUGUAAAUGUUGUGUAUAAAUGUUCCCCGAUCAAAUCUGAAGUGACUCAUACAAAAAGUGCCUUAUAGUAAAGAAAGAACAACCAAGCUGAUAUUUCUGGUUUGAAUUUUUGUCUUUAUGUUAUUUUUAAAAUGAUAAACAUUUCAAAAUAUUUUCUGUUAUACUCUCUAGCGUGAGAUAUCUACUAAAAUGUAUUUCCAAUUACAAUAACUCACUAAACGUAUUUUCACGAUUAAACUGCAUAAUGGACACAAUAUCAAAAAUGACUCAAAACCAGCUGAAGAUAAGAUGUACAGCAAAGUUUAUUGUGUUUCAUCUCAUAAAUGAGGCAGUAGGGAAUUGUGGGUAUAAUGCAGGAUGUAUGUCUUUGACGUCAUCCAAUUUAUCCAAUGAUCUGAAAUGAAAACAGGAAACAUACUUAGAAGAGUAUUGCAGACAUGUUGUGUAUUAUUUGUGCGAGUUUUGAUCAUGUAUGAUUAUAGUUUGAUGAUGAUGAUGAUGAUGAAGACUUACACCCUGAAUCCAGCUGAUGUAAGCAGACACACGAGUGAAGACUGUUGGUUUCUGGUUGGUGUUACAGCCCAAUGAGGAGACAAAGCUGGUCACACCGUGGACGUAAUAAGCUCCAUUAACCUGACAGUUCAGAGGACCACCAGAGUC